ACUGGUCGAAAUCGUUCGACCUGAGAGCCCGUGAGCGCAACUACACAGCCUACGCUACUGUUGCGUCCAGCUUUCCUCCCCAUUCACAUAUACUCAGAGAUGUAAACGUUCAUUCUAGUAAUGGCGCCGAUGCAGUAACAAAGUGGCAUUAAGAAAAUCGAAUUAUUUCUAGCAGGAAAUGUUGCACACAGUUAAAGUGCUUACAAUUUAUUUCUAGUAUUUUGGCUGCCAACGUCAGGAUGGGAUCCCACGCAAAAUCAGAGAAUAAGAAGGCCAUGGAAUCUAUCAACUGCCUCAAAUCAAACUUUUCACAUUGUUUAGGCGGGCUGUUAAUUGUCUUUUGCAUCAUGCUGUCGGUGUGUUCUAUGGCGUUUUGUUUUUUGGUCAACUUCAAGACAUCUUACCUGGAGUACAGAGUGCAUACAUUGGAGAUGGAGAGAAUGUUCCUGAUCCAUCCCGAUGCAUCCGGGCAGGAUGAGAAUGGAACAGUACCUGGUCUCCAGGAUAUCAUUGAAAAACUUGUGCAAGAGAGACUGACCAUAGCACUGCCCAAACUUCGCACUGCCAGGGAGGUCAUUCAAGAGUGCUUCUGUCCUCCAGGGCCUCCAGGAAAACGGGGAAGGCUGGGAAGACAAGGCAACCCUGGAUCUCCAGGCUCGCCUGGACGGGAUGGUUACCCGGGCCCACUUGGGAUGGAUGGGAAGCCUGGUGCUCCUGGUCCCAUGGGAAGCCAGGGACUGCCUGGGCCAAAAGGAGACAAGGGAGACCAAGGAGAUAUGGGGCCCAGGGGUGAUCAGGGUCAGGCUGGCCCUCCCGGCCCCCCGGGGCCCCCUGGCUCACCAGGUCUCAGAGGACCAUCUGGGAACACAGGGAAGGAUGGGCCCAGAGGUCACCUUGGGGAGCAGGGUCCGCCUGGUCGAGAUGGAACUGAUGGAUUAGAGGGACAAAUGGGUCCUCCUGGACGACAGGGUGAGGAUGGACAGCAUGGCAUGCUUGGACCACAGGGGCCUCCAGGGCUAAAGGGGGAACAGGGGCAUGCUGGUGACCAGGGCAGGAGUGGCCUUGAUGGACUACCAGGGAUGAAGGGGGAGAAGGGGGACACAGGAGACACAGGGCCUCAGGGGGACAUGGGCUUACCCGGAAAGAAGGCUGUUCUUGACUCCUAUGAUAUCGGCCUUGGCCAUGUCUUUCAGGGCCCCCCAGGGCCACCAGGGCCACCAGGAGGACAAGGGCCAAAGGGAGAAUCAGGCUCACAUGGUGCACCUGGAGCUGAUGGGGAUAGGGGAGCCAAAGGGGAGAGAGGUGAUGACGGGAUGCCUGGAGUGGCAGGGGAAAAGGGAGAGAGAGGUCUGAUGGGCCUAACUGGGCUUGCGGGAGCUGACAGCAAAAAAGGAGAGAGAGGAGAUUCAAGGUUUGAGGACAAUCUGGCCCAGAUUAUCUCUAUCGCAGGCCCUCCUGGCCCCCCCGGACCUCCUGGGCUCCAGGGAUUCAUGGGACAUCACGGAAUGCCUGGCCCCAAGGGGGAACCAGGUGAGAUAGUGAAAGGAGAAAAGGGGGAUGCAGGUGACAGAGGACCUCCUGGGUUAAGGGGUAUUCAGGGUCUUCCAGGUUCUACAGGAUUGGUUGGUCUCCCUGGCACCAUAGGGAGAAAGGGAGAGCAAGGAUUGCCGGGAUUAGAUGGUUUCCCCGGGCUGAUGGGAGAAAAAGGGGACAGAGGGAACAGAGGAGAUAAGGGUGACAGCGGGAUGCUGGGAAAGAAGGGACUGAAGGGACAGAAGGGCGAGGAGGGCCCCCCUGGACUGGACCAGCCCUGUCCUGUGGGUCGGGAUGGAUUGCCCAUACCAGGGUGUUCACAUAAGUGAUGAGUUACCUGGGACAUGGGAUCUGUACAUAUCGAUAUAUAUUUUUCAACUAAAAUUCAAGUGUAGUUUUUUUAUUGUUGCCAAUUCCUAUUUAAUAUGUUGAGGUUUUCAUAUUGGAAUUUGGAUUGUGCGUCUAUCACAAUCAAUAUUUUUUACUUUUUGUAUAUGAAAAGAAAACCAUUUUUUGUUUGUUUAGAGAUUAGGUAGAGGAAAGAUAUAGUGCACACAAAGAAGGAGACUGGUUACAAAUGGAAAGGAGCAGCUAAUGCACUCAGCUCCAGAUGGAAAAAUGUUGCUGCUUACACUAUAUCUAAUCGGGGAACCUGAAAUACAGUAUUAACCUGAAAUACUACAGUAUUAACCUGAAAUACAGUAUGAUUGACUGACUAACAGACUCACUAGUGUUCCCACAUGGAGAUACAGCAUUGGAGUGUGCAACUCAGCCUGCACCUUGCAAAUGAUUCUACCCCAUCAUUCCUGUGAUUGUUGUUUGCUUUGAAAGAUCAACCAUCAUGGCAUGGGCCCAAUGCCAUGCGCCUAUCCCAACUUUAGGAAAGGUACAGAUGUAGGGUCUUAAUUUGAGCCAGUUUGCUUACAGCAGGAAAAUAAUCCUGCAGCAACAGGAAAUACGAAUUAUAAUGUGAAUUAUAAUUAAUGGACAUUUUUUGUAGGGGUUGAUAAACAUUUUGUUAUGGCAAAUCAAGUUUGACAUUUUUAUGUGGAAAUUACAAACUUUAGGAGCCUUUUUAAACCUCAAAUACAUUACAAGUUUGCGUGUCCUGCAGUGCAGGAAAAUUCUCAGCCACAAAAGAGUGAUCAAAUUAAGAUCCUACAUCUGUAUGGGGAAGCACAGAUGCUGGCCCUCACCAUGGAACCUUUGUUUGCAAUAAUUUUCCUAAACGUGCUUAAUGUUUAGAUCAUUAUUGGUCUAAAAAGUUGAAGGAUGUUUAUGGUGGUUUGAAAGUUAUUGCUGAGUUGUUGCAUCAAAUGCUUUUUUCUUUCUUCUGAGUGCUCUAACCAUGCUAUGUGGAGUUAAUUAACACAGAACACUGUACAACUUUUUGAAUUAGGCCUAUCAUGGAAAAUGUAUGAUAGCAAUCCUAAAAAUGUUUCGAAGAUUUUUUACAUCUGACAUCAAGGUAGACAAAAACAUCUACCUAUCAAACCUACCUGGUUGGCUGAUUGGGUUAAAUGUUUGUUCUAGGACAUGCCGUUUUUAAGUUGUCUGUCAUAUUAAAUACUAUUUUAAAUGCACAUUGUUGUAUUCUUAAUUAUGAAGUUUAAGUUGCAUUGUACUUUAUAAUGUUGGUGGCCUACUUUUUUCAUUUUUCUUCAUUUUGCAAAUGCUGUCGGUUGGUGUCGGUUCUGUCCAUUGAGGUAUAAAACAACUGUAGACUGCUGCCAAGAUGGACGCUUGUUGUUUUCAACGUAAUCUACUCAUGUUUGCAUACGCCAUUUUGUGGUCACUGCCAUCUGCUUUACAGAGCCGAUAACACCUGCGCACCAGCACUCAGUGCGCACUGGAGCAAGCGCAAGCAGCGACAAUGUCAUCGCGUCAGCCAGAUGAUUGGCAGACAAUGGAUGAAUAUUAAAUGUUAAUAUUUACGGCUGUGAGGGACGAAGAAAAAAACGGCCUUGAAGACAAUUACUGGAAAAAUCAUUGGAGGUUGCUGAGGGGAGGACGACUCAUAAUAAUGGCUGGAACAGAGCAAAUACCAUUCCGCUCCAGCCAUUACCACGAGCCCAUCCUCCCCAGUUAAGGUACCACCAACCUCAUGUGAAUAGGGUCGUCUAUGGGAAUUGUCUUUUUGGGUUAGGCUUCAGCUAAACUGCAGUACCAAAAGUGCUCUCUGACCACAGUGUUCCAGACAAGAACCCUGGCCCCCUGGUUCUGUCCGUUGUCCGUUUUGUCUGUUUAUAUUAUUUUCUGUGUUUUUUUGUUGUCUUAUUGCAUGUGUAAAAAUGUGUGUGCAUUGGAGUGGUUGACUCAACUAAAGAGCAUAAUAGAAUAUUAAAGUUGCCAACCAGGGAACUUUUAAGCAGUUUUCUAGCCAUUUUGAUGCGAGGCUAGUAGGGGAAAACAAUAAAUCGGCAAGGAAGGGAGGAUGAACGAGCAAUGACACUGGUCAUCUACACCAGUGUUUCCUAAACUCGGUCAUGGGGUGCACGUUUUGGUUUUUGCCCUAGCACUACACAGCAGAUUCAAAUAACCAACUCAUCAUCAAGCUUUGACUAUUUGAAUCAUCUGUGUAGUGCUAGGGCAAAAACCAAAACGUGCACCCAGGGGGGGCCACAGGACCAAGUUUGGGAAAACCUGAUCUACACAAUAUAAAUGCUGCUGGUGUGAACCAGCUGGACUACUGCUAUCAUUGCGGGCGGCAGCGAGUCUGAUCAUGAGACCGAUCAACGAUUCAGAACUUUCUGAGAUCAACCAACCAGUUAGGGGUCCUGCUGCUCUAUUAUUGCACAUGAGUGUUUAACUACAAUGUUUUGUCCUAUCUGUUAUCUGUGUCAUUUUUUCCAAAGGCUGGAAUGUCUGGUGAAUUUAUGAUUUGUGCCUUAGUAGGUCUAUUGCCUAGCCUGCUUUGUGUAGCUUAUAGGUGUAUAUGUGUACAACUGAAUGCAUUCAACUGAAAUGUGUCUUCGACAUUUAACCCAACUCCUCGAUUAAGGCAACGGGGGGGCUGCCUUAAUCGACAUCCACGUCAUGGGUGCCCGGGGAACAGUGUAUGUUGUUGUUGUUUUGUUUUAUCAGGACCACAAUGGAAAUACGAUUUAACUUUUUCUUUAAAUGCAUUAAUCCACAUGCAUGGUUGUAUUAUGUUUUGAAAUUGUCAAAUAAAAAAAAAUAAAAAAGCUAA